AUGGAAGAUGUGGAGAAUAUAAAGGCCUCAUACAAGAUGCUGAAGUGCAAAUGUGUUUACCUGAAGAGCUAUCUAGAGCACAUUAUCACCGUGUCGAAAAGAUCCUCCGACCUUCUUUUCCGUGCACUCCAGAUUCCAAGGGAUACUGCAUGGAAUGACCCACUGCUUAUGCAUUGUAUAGAGAUGAGUGAGAAGCAGAGGGCUGUAUUUGAUGAAGCAGGAGUACUUUAUGCAGAGAUGCUAUUCAAGGAGCUUGACGGGCUAAUUACAACCAUUGUCAACGACAUUCGGAUGAUUGAGGAGGAGGUGAGGACGAUUUCUGAAAAGCCUGCGGAGGGGCUGAAGGAACUGAGGGCGGCCAGGAACAAGCACAUGGAGGCCUGGACGCAUGGUAAGCAUGAUCCUUGGCUGACGGAGCUUGGGCUGAAGAGGGCUGUGAAAAAAGUUCUUUUGAUGGACGACGAGGCAAACCAUCUGAUGCACAGCAAGAUCGGGGUGUUUGCCACAUCUUUGCAGGGGGCCGGAGAGAGAUUCAAGGAGACAUUGAUGAGUUUUGUUCGGAUCCAAAGGCAAAAGUAUCAGAAGCUUCGGGACUCUACAGAUGUGGAGAUGAAGGGAUAUGAUGAGAUAGACAGGUUUUUUGACACUGUUUCAGAGUCGCCGAAGGAGAUGAGAGUGGAGACCAAGAAGGAAGAAAAGCUGAAAGAAAAGGUUGAUUCAUCAUUCGAAACAUUUGUGGAGGGCAUCAGCAAGGAAUUGAUAGGGAAAGGGAUAACUGUCAGAAAGAAUCUAGAGGUUUCGAAGUCCUCUGUAUGUAAGGUCAAGAAGGGGUAUACUGGAGACUGGAUCACAGCAUAUGUGGUAGUUACCUCGACGGGGUAUGCGCACUUUUUCGACAUUUGGGGGCUGCUAAAUGAGGCUGAGGAUCUUAAAAAUGCUGUUGAGAGAUUGAACGGAGGGGCUGGCAAGGGCCUUAUAUCUAUAUUUGAUGCAAAUAAGCCCAAGAGCGAGCCUGGAGAGGAUAGAAUGGUCUUUGAGGUGAAUGCCAGGAUUGGGGAGCUGGUUGAGACGUUUUCAGGCCCUACGACGUCCAUCUAUCUAAAUGACAAUAUUUACGAGCUUGAUAGAGAGAAGAGGCAGAUUUCUGUCUGCAACAAGCACCAGAAUGGAUUUGCUAGCUUCUUUGGGGUCAGUGAGGUGAAGAUAAAGCUCUUCACGCUUUCGAAUGCAAUAGAGAUAUUCCAUGCAUUCAAAAACAGGAAUUUACCUGAAGAAAAUGUAGUUGACUUUUCCGAGAGUCCUGAGAAUGUGAUUGAUGAGGGAAUAGGGUUUAAGGUCUUGUUGCAGGAAGAAAAUCCUUGGGUGAGUGGAUGA